AUUUUUAUAGCAAGUUCCUAUCGCUACUAGACAUUGUAUCGUUAUAUCAUUGUUUUUUGUUUGGUUCCUAAAAUGUUGCGCCAAUUUCUGUCUUCUAUAGUGGGCCGUCGCCUGGCGCUACCUAUGAUCGCACAAAACCGGUCUGCCAGCAAUUUGGACAAAACGGAGUUUACAACACCCGGGGAAAUUGUGGACUACGAUGAUCCGCCCCACUUGCCAGUUCCGGAAUAUCCUGUCCGUCCGGAUGAGCCCCUCGAAACACGCAAGCAGCGCCUCUUGUACCAGAGCCGAAAACGUGGAAUGCUGGAAAACGAUCUCUUGCUGAGCACCUUUGUGGCCAAACAUCUGAGGGAUUUCAAUGCCGAACAGACCGCAGAAUACGAUCAGUUAAUCAACGGAGUGAGCAACGAUUGGGAUAUAUUCUACUGGGCCACCGAAACAAAGCCCACGCCCCCGCAAUUCGAUACUGAGAUAAUGCGACUGCUGAAGGAACACGUCAAAAACCACGAGAAGGUGCAGAGGAUCAGACAACCGGAUCUGUAGAUCACAGAACCCUAUCAACUAUAUAUCCAGCA